AUGCGCUUUACUGCUAGCAUUAUCACGUUGGCUUUGACAGCCACUGCAGUCAGCGCUUGGUCACCUCCUGACUUUCACUUUUUCGACCAGAGCAACCCACAAGGCGACUGGAACCAACAACAACAACCCGUUACAGAGGAACCCGAUUCGUUUCAUGUUCUCAAGAACGACCAAUUGCAAGGCUACGAAUUGCGCUUGCGCUCCGUGCGUGCCAACAACCCCGUAUCAUGUGAAGAAGGAAUUCAGUACUCGGGCUAUAUCGACAAUUUGGAAACUGACGACCACUUGUUCUUUUGGUUCUUUGAGUCUCGCAACUCUCCUUCAACCGAUCCUCUCGUCUUAUGGCUUAACGGUGGUCCAGGUUGUUCGUCCAUGAUGGGUCUUUGGAUGGAACUUGGCCCUUGCUUGGUUGAUAAGACUGGCAACGAAACCGUACGCAAUGAGUACAGCUGGAAUAGCGUCGCCAAUGUUAUCUUUUUGGAUCAGCCCGUCAAUGUGGGUUAUAGCUAUGGCAAGACCAAGGUCAAGACUUCCAAGGAAUCUGCACGUGAUGUAUACGCCUUUUUGCAAUUGUUCUUGGGUCAAUUCCCCGAAUACGCUUCCAAUCCAUUCCAUAUCUCUGGUGAAUCUUAUGGUGGCCACUAUCUUCCCGCUCUCGCAUCAGAAAUCAUUGCAAACAACAAGGUCGCUGACGAGAAGGGUCUCUUGCUUCUUCCAUUCGAGUCAAUGCUCGUGGGUAAUGGAUUCACAAAUCCGCGUACCCAAUAUAAGUACUAUGAAGAAUAUUCUUGUGCUCAUGAUAGCCCUUACAAACCAAUCUACAGCGAGGAACAAUGCCAAGAACAACGUGACAAGUAUCCUCGUUGCAAAGCUUUGAUGGAUGUUUGUUACAAAGUGCCGAGUUCCUUGACCUGCGUCCCUGCCAAUCUUUAUUGUGAGCGUGCCAUUCAAGCACCUUUCGACUCAACCGGUCUUAAUCCUUAUGACAUCCGCAAGCCUUGUGCUGGAAACAGUGGUCUGUGCUAUGAAGAAAUUGAAGCCAUCGCCAAGUAUGCCAACAAGCCCGAAGUGCGUUUGGAAUUGGGAGUUGAUGAAGAGGCUGGCGUAUAUGAAGGUUGCGAUGAAGGUGUUGGUUACAACUUUGCUACGGCUGGUGAUGGUGGUUUCGACUUUACUCCCCAAGUGGCCGAGACUUUGGAAUCAGGUGUCCGUGUCUUGUUGUAUGUCGGUGAUAUGGAUUGGAUCUGCAACUGGUACGGCAAUAAAGCAUGGUCCUUAGAAAUGGAAUGGUCGGGCCAACAAGGUUAUCGUGAAGCUGAGGAUGAGCCUUGGAUCAAUCAAAAGACGCUUGAGAAAGCUGGUGAAGUCCGCUCCUACGACAAGUUGACUUUCUUGCGUAUUUUCGAUGCCGGCCACAUGGUUCCUUAUGAUCAACCCGAGAACGCCCUCGAUUUCUUCGGCCGCUGGUUACGAAAUGAGCCAUUGAACGCCUAA